AUAAAAGUGGGCGUAUCUGCCACUUGCCGUUUACUCUACGUCCCACCACGCCAAUCAUGGCUCCAACGACCACUCCGCUGCUGCUUUUCUACCUGGUGCUAGGAGUUGUCUCCCAACCGGCUCCCUCUAUCACGUUUAUGGGUCGCUUCUACCCGACCUACUCGUGCAUCGAUCUCUCGCAGGUGGACGAGAGCGACGGGAUCCAGUGCCACACGGACUUGACCACCUGCUGCACAGAACUCCAGGGACAAGCCCGCGGAGACUGGUACCCUCCCGACAGCUCCUCCAGCCUCCCGUUUUACUCCGAGGCGGCCUACAUAUACCAGGAGAGGGGCGACAGACGUGUGGAUCUGUACCGCAGAGACCUGGGCAGCGCGGGAGACGCCGGUGAAGGCGUCUACACGUGUACCAUAGAAACUUCGACCACAUUUAGCCGCGCUAUCAUCUUUGUUGAGCUGAAAAACGGAGGAUGUGGCAUUACUGUGGACCCAACAGUAACACUGUCCGAAGACUCUGACUUCUCAGACAGCAGUCCGCGGUUCCAGCUCAUCUGCAUAUCCUACGCGGCUCACCAACUGUCACUUACUGAGAAACUGGGAGGAAUCUAUACCUGCACUGCAGCCGGCGGUAGUCCUCCGACUAACUCAGCAAGCUUCUAUAUCCAAGUUGCUUCUGCCCCUACCAAUCUGAAGGCUGUACAAGUCGGUCUGAAUGACAUAAGACUAACCUGGAUCCCUCCCUCUCCUCUGGGGGACACCACACGCUACGUCGUCACCUACACCUCACACAGUACCCAGAGCAGCAUUACAGUCUUUGAGACGGUUGAUUUGACUAACAACACUCUUUUACAACUUCAAACUGGAGUAAACUACACUAUUGAGUUAGCUGGAGGGUCAGAUCACUUCUCUAGCAAACCCGUUACCACCUACAUCUACGUUGCUCCGGUGGGUACUCCAGAAAACUUCAGAGUAACAGCUGGUCAGAGAGAUGUACAGUUCUCUUGGUCUCCUCCAAAGGUGUCUGCACCCAUUUCCAACUACACACUCUUCUGCUACCCAGACCCGGACUCUUUUCCUCUGUCCUUCUCCUCCCCGGGGUCCUAUAGUGUGGCUGGUUUCUCUCCUGCCACUGAGUACAGGUGCUCACUGGAGGCAAACUACAAUUCCUCUGUAUCUGGUGUUUCUACCAACGUCGAUUUCACGACACUCUCGGACCACCAAUUUUUUAAGGUUGAUCUUGCCGGUUUUAUCAACUGUUUUGAGUGGCUGGUGCUUCCACAGUUGCAACAAACCAGCCCAAACGACGACAAGCUCCAAGACAUACGCGAAGAUGUCGUGAAAGCAAUUGCAGACUCUUGCGAAUGUGUUUUCACUUCUUCCAACAUAGACCGCGAGAGCCUUAACUGCUCGAGCGGUUCAUCAAACGGCCUCAGUUACACUGCUAGACUGACUAGUACAUUUGCUGAGAUAGACAGCACUAAACUGGCCAGGUUUGUCAGUCAGUGGGUCUCCGGUGAGCCAACCAUUACUGUGGAGGGAGUGCUACUUAGAGUGGUGGAGGACCAGUGUAUAGGGAUUGUGUCUACAGUGAACCGUGACAUUUGCCCCAACCACAGAGAUAGCAUUGACAAAGAGAGUGUCAAAACGGGACUGGAGAUUGGAGUACCAAUCGCAGGAGCCGUUUUCUUCAUAGGAGUGCUGGCGAUAGCAGUGUGUGUUAUAUUCCGCCAUCGCAGGGUGCAGAGAACCGGGGGUGCCAAUCUACCGCAGCAGCAGCAGCCCGUGCACCAACGACAGCCUCAAGUGCCUCAAGUGAUAUCCAAGUAA